AUGGAAACAAGGACCAUGUGUAAAGCAGAGCUUGACGGAGUUUGUCAAGGCUUGAGGUCCUUCAAGAUGAAUGUACUUGAUGCUCAGCGGCAAUUGGUGCAAAAACUGGAUGCCGAGCUCAAGCGGCUAGAGCAGCUUGAUAUUCCAGAGGCUGUGGAUCAUUUGCCUACGCAGGUGCUGGAACCAGGAGUGUCGAAGGGUAUGCCCAGGUUGGAGGCGAUAAAAGCAUGGGAUGCUCCGGAGCCUCCUGAGGUGGUAGCCGGCCCCGAGCAAGCAGCGCAUUUUGAUCCAUUGCAGAGUGCGAUCCAAUCACCAGUGGCCUUCAACAGUCUUUCAGCCACGGUGAAGAAAGAGCGUCGGAAGCACAUGUCUUGGAUUCACAAGAAUGCGGACUUGCCCAAGGCAGCGAAGGCUCCGAGAACUACGCAGCCGGUUUUCUCACAGCUGCAUGCUCAGUUUGCUACGGACAAGGUUCGACAAGCAGCUAUUGAAGAAUUUGACAACAACCUUGUCGAUGCGCCAGCCGAAACACAAUGGACAACAAUCGUGCAACAUGCGGUUUUUGAACGCGUGUCAUUGCUGAUGAUCUACCUCAAUGCAAUGUGGCUAGCUGUCGACAUUGAAUUCAACAAUGCGGAUGUGGUUUGGCAAGCAGAGCCAAUAUUCAUCAUUGUUGAGAUAAUUUUUGUGAUCUACUUUGUGGGAGAGGCCUUUCUGCGGUAUAUGGCAUACGCGAGUACGAUCAAGGCAGUCAAAGAUCCCUGGUUCAUUUUCGACCUGUUGCUUGUACUAAUGAUGCUGUUGGAGACCUGGAUUGUCCCGAUGUUCUUGCUCAUCCUUCCAAAUAGCGACGACUCUGGCACCAGUGUGGGCCGGACUGUGUCAGUGCUACGUGUGGCACGUGUCUUGCGGGUGCUGCGAACAGCGCGGAUCGUGCGCAUGGCACGGUACAUGCCAGAGCUCCUGAUCCUCAUCAAAGGGCUCAUGGUCGCAGCUCGCUCGGUCUUCUUCACGCUGGUGCUGCUGCUGCUGAUAACGUAUGUGUUCAGCAUUGCUUUUGCGAAGCUAAGCGAGGGCACUGCUUUGGAAGACGUCUUCCCAUCCAUGCCUGCUUCUUUGUUGACUCUUGUGGUGAAGAGCGUCAUGCCAGACAGGGAGCUCUUCUUCAGGGAAGUCGCUCAGGAGAGUUGGUUUCUGGGGGCCUUGGUGCUGGUGUUCAUUUUAAUCGGAUCGUUGAUUGUGUUGAACAUGCUUGUGGGCAUUUUGGUGGAAGCCGUGCAGACGGUGGCAACGAUGGAACAUGAGCAAAUCCGAGUGGACCUCGCAAAAACUGUUCUGUGGCAGCUGAUAACAAGGGGAGGUGCAGAUGAGGACAAGGACAACAAGAUCUCCGAGGAGGAGUUUUUAAAGUUGAUCGCCCGUGAUGACGCCAGCGAGGCGUUAACAAUGCUCGGUGUUGACAUCUUCGCUGCCAGAGAGUACAGCAAGCUGCUUUUUGAGGAUGGCGAACCUCUUACAUUUGGUGAGUUCAUGGAUGCAAUGCUCACGCUUCGCGGCUCUAAUCACACCACGGUAAAGGAUAUUGUAAACCUACGCAAAUUUACAGCGGACGAGUUCUCUCAGCUCCACGAAGUGCUGAACGAUAUGUGUCGUUUCUUGGCUGGUCAAGGCAUGUCUGCCAAACUCGCACAAGAUUUAUCCAAUGAGGGAGCGGGUGAGAAAAGUUUUAAUUCCAAACAAACAGCUUGCACCACGCCAUCGGCCUCCAUAGUGACAGCUAGCGGCAGCAUGCCUCUCAGUCCGAAGUCUCGCGAGACGCAGCUGACCCGAGUACUGGAUGGCUUGGGAAGUUUCAGGUCUGAGCUAGCAGCCAGCCAGAAGCUGGUGCUGCGAAAGUUAGAUGAUGAACUCAGUAGGAUCAAGAGCCUCAGCAUUGCGACUCCUAUUGCUCCAGUGCUGACCUCAGAUCAACUGCUGGAGACAGAAGUUGACGAGUCCAGUUAUCCAAUCCCGGUCCAGUUGAGUUCCUUACCACCGGCCGCAGCGUGGGCCAGUGAGGCCAACUCCUGGGGUGCUUUGGCCGCUAAGCUCCCUGGAGAAGUGGAGGAGGAGGAGCCUGUAUCUGCCAUCCACACCUUUGCGAGUUUGCCCACUGUCGCCCAAGAGCGCAAGAAGAACUUGCCAUGGAUACAUAAGCACGAGUCGAGACCUCGUCGAAAGACUUCAACAUCGGAGGAUCCUGAUGAGGGGCGUGUGUUUUCACAGCUGAACGCCAAUCAUGCUGCAGACAUGGUGAGGAAAGCUGCCAUUGAAGACUUUGCAGGAGAAAGAAGUAGAUCUAAGUUUCCAACCAGAUGGGAACGAGUAGCAAGACAUCCCUGCUUUGAGCGAAUGUCCUUGUUCAUGAUCUACCUCAACGCUGUGUGGAUUGCUGUCGACAUCGAGUUCAAUGACUCAGCUGUGGUGUUUGAGGCCGCACCUGUGUUCGUGCUGAUGGAAAUAGUCUUCCUACUAUACUUUAGCAGUGAGUUUGUGGUGCGUUACAUGGCUCACGCGAGCUUCCGGAGUGCGGUGAAGGAUUCCUGGUUGAUAUUUGACUUUCUUCUUGUCCUCCUCAUGGUGCUUGAGACUUGGCUUGUCCCGUUGGUUGCUAUAUUGAUCGAGGGUACUGGAGGUGGAGCGUCGGCUGUUGGUCGAAGUGCUACGGUUCUCCGUGUGGCUCGCAUUCUUCGGGUUCUGCGCACUGCCAGGAUAGUCAGGGUGGCCAGGUACAUGCCUGAGCUCAUGAUCCUCAUCAAGGGACUUGUGGUUGCAGCACGUUCCGUCUUCUUUACCAUGGUGCUCCUGCUGCUGAUCACAUAUGUGUUUAGCAUCGCCUUCCUUCAGUUAAGCCAGGCUUACAGCUCCGAGCUACUCAUGGACAAGUACUUUCCCACAAUGCCAGAAUCUGUUCUCACUCUCAUUGUCCACUGCAUUAUGCCAGACCAAAAGGAGUUCUUCGAUGAGGUGAAAGGCGAGAAUUGGUUUCUGGGAGCGUUGGUGAUCAUUUUCGUUCUGGUCGGCUCCUACAUUGUGAUGAACAUGCUUGUUGGCAUAUUAGUUGAAGCAGUGCAAACCGUGGCGACCAUGGAGCACGAGCAAAUUCAUGUGGACUUUGCAAAGAAGGUGCUGUGGGAGAUGAUGAUGGAAGGGAAUGCCGACCAAGAUGGUGACAACCGAAUCUCAGAGGACGAGUUCGUCAGGCUCCUGGAGCGCCCAGAGGCCUCUCUGGCCCUGAUGCGUUUGGGUGUCGAUACAUACGCUGCCAUGGAGUACGGACAGCUGCUGUUCGAGGAUGGGCAGCCCCUGACCUUCGGGGAGUUCAUGGAUGCUAUCCUGACUCUCCGUGGUUCCAAUCAGACAACCGUCAAAGACAUUGUGAACUUGCGCAAAUUCACGGCAGACGAGUUUUCGAGCCUUCAUGCGGUCCUCCACGACCUUUGCCAUUUUCUGGCAGGCCGUGGUAUGACAACUGGAUUUGCUCGCCGGCUAUCUACUCGCUCCAGAAACAGGGUGCGCCGAUUUGAUGAAGUCUGA